UGAGCUUGCGGUUUUUAUCUUGCAUUUUGUUUGUUCGCGAUGUCCGGACGCGGGAAGCAGGGAGGUAAAGCUCGCGCUAAAGCUAAGUCUCGUUCUUCUCGUGCAGGCCUACAAUUCCCGGUGGGUCGUGUCCACCGCCUCCUCCGCAAGGGCAACUAUGCGGAACGUGUUGGGGCUGGCGCACCAGUUUACUUGGCGGCGGUGCUGGAGUACCUGACCGCUGAGAUCCUGGAGCUGGCUGGCAACGCUGCUCGUGACAACAAGAAGACGCGUAUUAUCCCGCGCCACCUGCAGUUGGCCAUCCGCAAUGACGAAGAGCUCAACAAGCUUCUUGGCCGUGUGACAAUUGCACAGGGCGGUGUCCUGCCCAACAUCCAGGCAGUAUUGCUGCCGAAAAAGACCGAGAGCCACCAUAAGGCCAAGGGCAAGUGAUUUGACAAGGCAUCUGAGCUUCCGGAAAGGCUACCAAACCCAAAGGCUCUUUUAAGAGCCCCCCCCCCCACCCUUUCAAGGAAGAGCUAAACUUACUGUUUCAGAUAAAAGGAAAAUUGUUGAGGUAAGUUAGUUGUACCCACUGUUUAGGGUAACCAGUUAUGAUCCUGCUUUGGGAUUUGGGGGAUAGCUGGAAUGCUAGGAAACUGCUUUACUUUUAAGAAAUAGUUAAAGAUCUACCGUUCGCACGUACUUCAUGAUACAGUCGCGAAAUA